AUGGACAGGGCUGUACACGCAGCUCCGGAAGCUGCUGUUGUGUGGGCCACUGUGUGUCUCGGCCUAGAGAUCCUCGAGAACCCCGUUGCUGAGGCUUUGGAAAAUCGCAACGGCAUUCAGUACGUGCUAUCUAGGAUGGAGUGGUACUGGAACUUGGUGGACCUCCUCCUUGACGAGAAUAAGGCCGAGGCAUCUACGGCAGCACUUCGAGACAAAUUGAGGCAGAACAUCGUACGACUUUUUGAGAAGCUCCUCUCGUAUCAGAUGAGCAGUAUCUGUCUUUACCAUCGCAAUGGGGCUGCCGUCAUCGGCAGAGACAUCUUUCGCAUUGACGACUGGGCUGGCCAGCUCAGCAGCAUCAAGGAAGUAGAGGAGGCUGUGCAACGUGAUUUGGAGCAGUACAACACUCAACAGGCCAACAUACGACUGCAGAAGCUCAACGUCACUGCCGCCGCCUUGGAAAGCAACCUACAAGAUAUCUUUGCAGCGCUGCGGGACCAAAGGGAGCACCAGACGAAGAGAGACGAAGAUGACAAGGAUAAGCAAUGUCUCAAGGACCUUCGCGUGACGGAUCCUCGCACGGAUAAGAAAGAGAUUGAAGAGAGAAAGGGUGGAUUGUUGAGAGAUUCGUAUGCAUGGAUUCGCGACCAUGUCGACUUUCAGCGUUUUCGACAUGAUGGGGAAAGUCGACUCCUCUGGAUCAAGGGAGACCCUGGCAAAGGCAAGACAAUGCUCAUGUGUGGCAUCAUUGAUGAGUUGGAGCGAGACUCUUCAGUCUCGCUCUUCUACUUUUUCUGCCAAGCCACGGGUGGUGAUCGACUGAGCACAGCGACAUCUGUCCUGCGAGGCCUCAUUUUUGACCUUGCGCGCCACAACACACAACUCACAAAGUACGUGCGGAAGAAGUAUGACUACGCCGGAAGAGAUCUCUUCUCCAGCGUAAAUGCCUGGCAAGAUCUCUCUGAAAUAUUGCGUGCCAUGCUACAAGAUCCAAGCCUUGUCAAUGUGGUUUUGGUCGUUGAUGCCUUGGAUGAGUGCAGCGUAGACCGGAUACGCCUUCUCGACUUCAUUUCCACACCUUCGCCUGCCAAGUGGAUCGUGUCAAGCCGCAAUUGGUUGGAUAUCGAAGAGAGUCUCGGCGGUGCCGAGCAAAAGGUCAAACUUCACCUCGAACUGAACCAGGAGUCGAUUUCCAAGGCCGUUGAUUCUUACAUCAAGUACAAGACGGAUCAGCUGGCACAGAAGAAGAACUAUGAUGAGCAGAUGAGGGACGCUGUUUUGCGUUACUUGACGGCGAACGCCAACGGCACAUUCCUCUGGGUCGCUCUGGAGGUCCUCGCCACUACCUUGGUCGCAUACCGACCUACUGUCCUGGAGGAGCUCAAGGUCCUCGUUGGAGGGCUAGGGGACCUGCAUAAGGAAGAGAUUGAGGAAGUAAUCAGCUCAUGUGGCUCUUUCCUGACUCUCCAAAGCGGCCAUGUGUCUUUCGUCCACCAAUCUGCAAAAGACUACCUUCUGGAAGCUGGAUCAUGCGUGGUGGUACCUCGCGGUAUUGCAUGCCAGCACCGCGUCGUUUUCUCGAGGUCAUUGGAGCUACUUUCCGCCACACUCCACCGCGACAUGUAUGACCUGCAGAAUCCUGGGCAUCCCAUUGACGAGGUUUGCGCGCCCGAGAAUGAUCCGCUCGUUGCUAUCCGCUACCCCUGCGUAUUCUGGGCUCAUCAUCUUUCCGACUGGAAGAGCCAGAUUGGAUGA